UAUAAAACCGUUCGAAAUCACUAAUAUCAAGUUAUAAUGUAAACGCCUUUGUUUCAACGACAGGACUGGGUUCGUAGGUGUUAAAAUUUCCCAAGUAGAACCUGGAAUGUGAUUCAAUCAUAAUUCUUUAUGUGUUUUCUUGUGUGAAUAAAAAAAAAAAAAGAACACAUUUGCAUCGUUUUAUUUUCAAUUUUCUCCUGUAUUUAAGAGCAUUCUUUGUAUUUAAUCGUUUUCUGCUUAUUUCCUUUUUGUUUGUUAGUAUGAGUAAUUCAAGGAGGGAAAUCUUACGUGAAGUAGCGAAAGCAAAGAAAGCCAAGCAACAAAAGCCCCAAUCCAUUGAAGACGUUUUUGAAGAAGCCAUUGAGCAAGAAGAGAGUGGAGAUCGUUGGCGACUUGACCCUGAAAAGUGCUACCGAUUCUACGAAAAAGCUUCUAAAGCCUAUGAUGAGUACUUGAGUGUUAAGUCAAAUGAUUUUGAUGCUUGGUUCAAUAAAGCUAGACUCUAUUUAAAUAUGGUAUCAAAUUGCGAUAUGCUGUCAAGUAAAUCGAAUCAAUAUCUGCAAAGCAGCAUUGAUCUACAUAAAAAAGCCCUCAGUCUAGAAACGAAUUCCGAAGCAUAUUUUAAUCUUGCACAAACCCACAAGUUCCUUGCUGAAAACUGCACGGAAAGUGGGAAUGAGCAAUUGGCAGUACUGCACAUUCAAUCAGCAUUGGAUGCAUGCAUGAAAUGCUCAGUGCUUCAACAAGAAGAAUUUUCACAAAAAAAGUUGGAAUUGGAACAAAUUUCCUCGUCGGGUACGGCCAACAUUGACUUUGAGAAAUUUUAUGCGAACGUAACUCAGGCCGAUGAAGACUCUGCCAUUCAAUUAGGAGAUCUUGCCGCUUUGGCUGCGAGCACAACUUAUUUCACGGAUGCGGAUUUCGAAAAUUUGAUCCAACUCGUUCAACCCGUUUCUGCAAAGUAUGAUGUACUGAAAUUUAUGGACUGGCAUCUUGCAAGGGAAAAGCGUCUUGUAUUAUCAGGACAGCAUCCUGAACAAGCGUGGUUGGAUUUGUUACAAGUCUACGAUGAUCGUCUAUCACAAUUACCUGAAAUUAACUUGCAAAAUCCGUUACAGGCAUCAAAUGCACCAACAAAGCCCAUCCACAUUCAACUACUGUGUGAUAAGGCCGACGCAUUUGCAGAAUACGCAGAAACACUGAUUCAAGCCCAUUUACAACAAAGCGCAAGUCCAUCUGUGGAAGUCUUAACAAGGGCAUGGAAUAUAUUUGGUCAAGCAGCAAAAGCAUUGAAAUUGGCAAGCACAUAUGAUGCUACCCGUACAAGGAUAUGGAUUAGUAGAGCGGAUUUGGAGAUUCAAAGAACGAAUAUCCCUUUGGCUAUUGCUGAAAAUUCAAGAUCCCUCUUGCUUAAUAAUGCAAAAGUUAUGUAUGAACGAGCGUAUAAGGAAAUUCAGACAAGAAAAAAUACCAGAACAUUUUACGAAGCUGUUGUCAAACAUGAGCUAAUUCAAAAAAAAAUAGGAAUUCAUCCAGUUACUCCUCUCGCUGUCAUUCCAGAUGAAGCAAGAGAAGACAUCUUGGAGAGUCUAUAGCUAAAAGAUAGACUGGAAGAAAGAAAAAACAAUAAUCCGUCAUUUUUUUCGUUGUGAAUCUUUUAAAUUGUGUAUUUUCGCUUCGUAGUACUUCAUUUUUUCAGUAUGGUCC